UUUUUCAGGCCAGAAUGUUUGACGGUGGCCAGUGAGUAAUGGUCAGUCAAUCAGUCUCGUGCAGACAGACAGACAGACAGACGGACAGGUCAUGCGAUCCAGCCAUUCAACAUAUCCCUCCACUCAGCGUGACCCCCACUCGCAGACAGACGGAAAGGAAAACCCGCAGGUGUGCAAAGCCGUCACUCCCUCUUCACCCUGCCCCCUCCAUACUCCUUUCCCCUCCCGCCGAAGCAAUCAGUCAAUUGUCGUGUCCGCAAGGGUUCUCAUCGUCGCACAAGACCGAGCCGACCACCUGACGGAACAAAACACCAGACAGCCAUCCUAUGAUAUGACAGGCCGACAGCGCAGUUUGUCAGCUCUGCUCACCCCGGCGAUGACCAGGACGUAGAUGAAGGCCAGAGCAGAGCCCAGCAUCAACGCACGCUUGCCCCUGAAGCACAACGACAGCGGAAAGGACAGCAAUUUCUCACUUUCGGUCGGCCCCACGGCGACACUCGCCUGACCAUAUCUUGCGGGGCGAGUUCUGAGGAGAGACAAAACCGUACCAGCAACCAAGUGAGCGCAUGCCCCUCCCUCCCCCGUCAUUCUCCUCACGUCGGGGUCCGUCGAGUAGCGGCAGAAGGCGACGCAUCCGACGGGCGGGAAGAGAAUCGACCCGAAGAACAUCAGGAUGGCAUGCGUCGGGUCCAGCUUUUGCGCGGCGAUGAAGGGCUUCGACACUCCAGUCUGGGGAGGCACGGCCCUGGCCUCCGGAGCCCCGGCCUCCACAGUGCCGGCCUCCACAGUGCCGGCCUCGCCGGCCUCCAUCCCCACUAUGGGCUCUUCCUGCACCACUGCUUUGGGGCCGGUGGCCUCUUCCAAGUCGAUGUCGUAUAGGCCCACGUCAGUCAUGGGCUCGUCAGGCUGCUCAAAAGACAUUCUCACUCGAACUGGAAGUUGAGAA